AUGGCCUCGAGAUACGCUCAAGUACACCAGUCUCCCAAUGGGGCGGGUGAUGCGCGGCCCACCGCUCUGCAGAUUAUCAAAGACGAACAACUUGAGAACAAGUUUGUCGGCAAGAAUAUUCUCAUCACUGGAUGUUCAUCUGGUAUCGGACUGGAGACUGCCCGUGCUCUUUUCGCCACAGGAGCGACGCUCUACCUCACGGCCCGAGACGUUGCUAAGGCUGAAUCAGAACUCGCCAGCCUGAAAUCCUCUGGUCGGGUUCACUUCCUCAAACUUGAUCUCGAUUCUCUCGACAGCGUUCGCGCCUGCGCGAGCGAGUUCCUCUCCCAGACUGAUCACCUGCACUUAUUCAUCGCCAAUGCUGGAGUCAUGGCUUGCCCAGAAGGCCGCACCAAGGACGGAUUCGAGACCCAGUUUGGGGUGAACCACCUUGCGCACUUCUUGCUCUUCAAUCUCCUCAAACAUGCCCUCCUUCGCUCCGCCACACCCGAGCUCAACUCUCGCGCUGUCUUCCUCACCAGCGUGGGUCAUCGCAUGGGGACCGUCAACUUUGACAACCUCAGCCUGGAGGGCGCCUACAACGAAUGGGCCGCCUAUGGACAGAGCAAGACGGCCGUGGUUUGGACCGCCAACGAGAUCGAUCGUCAGUUCAAGUCCAAGGGGCUCCGCGCCACGUCCGUCAUGCCGGGGGGCAUCGACACGGGGCUGCAGAAGCACAUGUCUGAAGAGGCCCUGCAGAUGUUUGCAGGGGACGCAGUGCGGGGAGCUUGGAAGUCCCCGGAGCAGGGUGCCGCAACUACGGUGUGGGCAGCCACGGCGAACGCACUUGAGAAUGAAGGAGGAAUAUACCUAGAGAACUGUCAGAUUGCACAGCCAUGGGACGAGAAAGAUGGGCAGUUGGGGGAUGGGUAUGCGCCAUGGGCCUUUGACGAGGCUGGUGCAGCCAAAUUGUGGAAGGUCUCGCUUGGAUUGGUUGGAUUGCAGAGCAAAGAAUAG